AUGAUCAAUAUGAAGGAUCUCAAUAAGGUAGAAUGUAACAACAAUGAUAAAGAUAUAAGUGAUAUGAAAACGAAGACAAAAAAUUCUGAUGAAUGUAAUGAGAUUGAAGAUAAAGGUGAAAAUGAA